AGAAAUAUGGCGCAAAAUCUGUGCAAUUCGUUUCAUUGUUUUAUCUGCAAGGUAUACAUAAGUGCAUAAUAAUAUUUAUUUAAGAAAUGGCAGAAGAAGCAGUAAGAAGGAAGUCACAAUUGUUCUUGAAUAACUUGUCUCCAGUCAAAAACACAUACGAAAACUUUGUGAGGAAAACAUUAAAGCCAGGAAAAUUUCUGACGACAAAAACUGGUGCAUUUAAAGUAGCAGGAAUGUUGAGCCACUUGUUUGCUGUGGCAUUUUUUGUUUCUGAGAAACGAUGUGCGAGAACUUCAUCUUGGCAUCCAUACAUCCUACCAGUGAGCUCGGGUAUUUCCGUGAUGACACAAUUUGUGUUGUAUUUUAUUUUUUGUAUCGGAGAAGCAGCGAAAAAUCCUGGAUUUUGGAUAUAUGUAUUUGGACAUCACAAUCAUUCUGUUAACUUCUAUCACUUCAUUGGUUUGCUCUAUAUUAACGUAUGCAGACUGCAGGCGCACUGCCGCUCCAGGGAUUGCUGGCUUAAUUGGUGGAAUAACUUUGAUAAUCAUUUGCCGAGCAAUAUUUAUGAUGUAUCGUUACAACCAGGAACUUGACAAUGGCAUCAAGGAAUCUUCGGAUAUUGUUGAUAGAAAGGUUAUUGAUACACGGAAAUCCAUAUGGGCAUAGCAUCAAAAAGGGCUUUUUUUGUUGUUCUCAUACAGAACAUAAAAAUCCAUGUCUGUAUAUACACAUUCUGUUGACUAUAUUUGACCCCUCAAAUUAGCAAUAAUCAAGGGGUUAGUCCAAAAAAUCAUGGUACGUCCGAAUUUCAUUAUUAUGAUGUUCAAAGUCAUAAAUGGUACAAUGUACAAUAAAUAAAAAUUAUGCUCCUUUGGGCGUUUUAUGAUUUAUUGCGUAUAAAUUACGAUUUUGUAUGUUAUAAUAAAUAAACAUUAUUAUUAUUCGAGUACGUUUCAAGGGAUGGAAAUUUUUGUUUUUAAGAUUUCUUUUUCAAACAUUUUUAAUAGCAUGCAAAGUGAAAACAAUGUUUCAUGAAUAUUUUAUUUAGACUUCUUGAAAUGCAUGUGAUACCGGGUUUACAUGCAGCCACUGCCGCUGCCACUCGCGCUGCCCACUGUCCUGCCGUAAAUAAUUCCACGGCAGCAUUACGAGCAAGUGAGUGUUUACAUGCAGCCACCCUUCUAACCUACCAUAAACUGCUUCCAAAAAACUUUCCAUUACAUCAAAUGCAAACCAAAUGGGCUGACACACCUCAUCUGCACCCGCUCCUGCAUCUAAUAGAAGCGUCUUUCUUUUUUAAUUAGCGGCCGAAAUGUUGCCAUUAGCGAUUUUUUUUUUCGACUCAAGCUCUUGUAUUGGGAUCUUUUUCAAUCCUACCAUAAUAAUCUUUCAGCCACAUAUAGCUCUAAAAACUUCAACACUUGAUCAUUGCUCCACUCAAUCAUGGUCUAAGUUUAUUUUAAAACGAAUAAUUUGCCAAAAAAGUAAUAAAUUAGGUUAAGAUACCUCGCGUCCACGUGGUAAGGACAGGACUGACAGUUGGUACAGCGGGCAGCAUGUGAACGGACGCUGCCGCUCGUGCUGCUGGUCCUUUGACUUCCGUCCAAAAAACCGCGAACGAAGGGAGCAUGCGGCAGCGGCAUGAGAAUUGGCAAUGCGAGCUGCGUAUUUACCUAUUGGCGCUGCCCACUUCCCUGCUCACGGCCGUGGAAGUGGGCUGCAUGUAAAUCCGGUAUGAAGGUAGCUCCAAAAGCUGGCUCCACAAUCGUACGCGCCGCUAGAAUACAGCGGACCGCAUAAAUGUUGGCGUGCGAUACGCCGUGGCCGUAGCGUUACUCACAGGAGCCCGUGACGUGCAUAUGAGGUAAGCGCGAUAUUUAUAUGUAUGCUAUCUGUGCCUAUGAGUCUUUAUUUGCUAUUGCGGUAUUGCAUUACGUGGUUCUGCAGAGUUCGUAGCUUCGUAUCUAAAGCUAUUCGCUAUUCGUACACCUCUACUCAUAAUAAACAUGCCUGUCGUAUACAGUGCGCGCUACUCAAUGAAAUAUAACAAAGAUUUUUUUGGAGGUACCCACAGUGGUAGACUCUUCGGUCUCCUGAUCAGUCGCCGUGCGCUGUGCGGGUUCGAAUCCCGUCCCAUGAGAAAUUAUUCUCUUGGCUAUGGAUGUUGUGAUUGUCCGUAGGUGGUAGACGGUCUCCGACUGUUGAACGCGGAGGUAGCACCCGGCGGAUCUCGUUUUCGGGGCUAGAAUGUAUGCAUGUUGCUUGCACACGUGUUCCCUCGCCAGAGUCCGUGUGGCGUUCCUCCUUUCCCCUGUAUCCCCCUAUAGCCUCACGGUACCCCAUUGGUGUUUAGGCCUUAGGCCUUCGUGGUAGUCGGAGUAUUAAAAAAACUGGUUCUGUCCGAAACGGAACAUAUGUUGGUAGACCUCUAAGUGUGAGAACACCUGGAAUUGAGGAAAGAGUGCUGCACAAAGUCGAAGAAAAUCCUGAAACCAGUACGAGGAAGAUCGCUAGACACUUAAAUAUUUGUCAUCAAAUUGUUUGAACAAUUUUAGUGGAUUUUUUGUUAUAUCCUCACCAUAUUUUAAGAGUACAGGCAUUACUUCCAAUUGAUUUUCCAAUGCGUUUGACGUUUUGUCAGUGGUAUCUUCAAAAAAUUACACGAAAUCCGCAAUUUGAAUCAAUGAUUCUGUUGACGGACGAAGCUAAUUUUUCUCGAAAUGCCAUUCAGAAUUUCCACAAUAAUCAUUUGUGGGCAGAAGAAAAUUCAUAUGCCGUAGAAUGUGUGCAUGUUGCAUGCACAGGUGUUAACUCGCCAGAGUCCGUGUGGCGUCCCCCCUUACCCGUUUCGCCCUAUAGUCCCACGGUACCCCAUGGGUGGUUAGGCCUUAGGCCUUCGCGGUUAGUUUGAGUAUAAAAAAAUGAAAAGUUGAGGUGCGUUCAGAGUUCAAAGUACACAACAAGAUCUACUAUAAUCAGUUAUCAAAAGGUCUUACACCGCAGCUCCAAAAAAGCCUGUAAAAAAUGUUUCCUAGAUUUCAGGGAGUAGCGCAUACCGUAUACAACAGACUUUUCUUUGGAGCUGCGGUGUAAGACCAGUUGUCACUACUUUUGGAUAACCGAUUAUAAUAGCUCUUGUUUUGAACCCUGAAAAACACAACGCACCUCUUCAAAUUUUCAUGAGAAAAAAACUGUUUCCUAUAUUUCAGGGAGUAUCGUGCACCGUACACGACAGGCUUGUUUGUUAUGAGUUGAGGUGUACGAAUACCUUAGAUACGAACUCUGCAGAACCACUUAAUGCAAUAAUAAGACUCCUAGGCAUACAUAAAACUAUCGCGCUCACCUCGUCUCCACGUCACGGGCUCCUACGAGUAACGCUGCGGCCACGGCGUAUCGCAGGACAUUUAUUCGGUUCGCUGUAUUCUAGCGGCGCGUGCGAUUGUCGAGCCAGCUGUUGGAGCUACCUUCACAUGCAUGAAUUUGAAUAGUGUAGAAAACGUUGUUUAUAUCAAUGUUUAAUAAAAUAUAGGGCAUUCUGAUAUACUGUAUAUACACCUCUGGACCAAAUAAAAAACCCAACACAUUUUACAUUUAUAUUGGAAUAUAUAAUAUGUACAUGUAUACCACACUCACCAUACAUUGUUUAAAAAUAACGAUGAGAAGCUGUUUAAAAAAU